CCCGCUUUUCCAUACAUAUCUCUCUCAAACUCGAAACCGACUCAGCAGGGGAACUUUCUCGCCUCAGAGAGAGAGAAACUCAUAUUUUAGGGAGAGAAAGAGACUCAGAGCCCCCGUCAAGGCAUCAACAAUGGCUCUCUGCCAUAAAACCCUAAUUGGGUUCCUCCUUUUCAUGGCUGUCCUCCUUGUUUCAGCUCGAUCUGAAGCACCCACUGCCUAUGAGAUGCUAGAGAAAUUCAACUUCCCCAAAGGGAUUCUUCCCGAAGGUGUGAAGGGCUAUAAACUCCAUGAAGAUGGAAGCUUCGAGGUCCAUCUCUCUGGACCCUGCAACUUCAAUGUUGAUGGUGGUUAUUCUCUUAGUUACAGAAGCAAAAUCUCAGGUCAAGUGAGCCUUGGGUCCCUGAAAAAACUUCAGGGUGUGAGUGUUAAGAUCCUAUUCAUAUGGAUUGGGAUCACAGAGGUGAGUAGAGCAGAGGAUCAAUUGGAUUUCUUUGUUGGCCCUCUCGCUGCAUCUUUUCCUCUCUCGAACUUUGAUGAGUGCCCGACUUGUGGAUGCGGCCUUAACUGUGCUAAUCCCAUUGCUGAUGCAUAAACUGUGAUGUAAAAAUCCUUUCUUUGUCGUGGUUUCUUGCAUGAAUGACAUGCGACAUUUGGUAACGAUUUGGAUUUUUUUCUGUGGACCGUGUAAUUUCACCUGAACUUUCUUUGUUCUUUUAGUGGGUCCUUGCUAGUAUAUAACAUGGAAACUUAUUGCUAUUUAUUUGGGUUUUCUUUCUA